GUUGGCACUUUUACCAUCUCCAAUUUGGGCAUGUUCGGCAUCAGUGCUUUCAGUGCCGUCAUUAGUCCCCCACAGGCCUGCAUUCUGGCCGUCGGCGGCACUCAGUUCCGCGUCUUGCCAAACGUUGAUGCGCCUGGAGGGUAAGCAUUAUACUAGCAUUUCGCCAUUGACCCAUCGGCAUAUGCAUGCAAUUUACAUUGGUCGAGAUUGA